UUGGUCUUCUCUAAAGUCUAAACUGACUGCUGGUUUGCAACCUCCCAGCCUCCGACCUCAACCGUUUCUUAACGGUUCGAUUCUCUUCUUUGCGGAAUCGCAUUUCAGUUUUUCAUACCGGUGUACGUUAAACCCAGAAUAUUUUUGCAUUUUCAAGUUCGAUUUUGGCCGUUUUAUCUCCUUGACAGAAGUUCCACUGCUUGGUCCAGGCUGAUCUCUACUAAUCCCAGUAAAGAGAUCUCUUCACAGCUCAUGUUGAAUUUUUUUAUAAACUAACCAGUAAUCAUCAAUAACAAAGAUGCCGGCGGGAGAGCCAUCCCGAGGAGAGUUUCGGUUGAAUUAUUCAACAGAAGAGACUAUAUCAGCUGUCAAAUUCAGUCCUUCGUCAUCACAGUUUGUUCUUAUAUCAUCUUGGGAUGGGUCUGUUUCAUUGUAUGAUGUGCACAGCAAUACAUCCCGUUUAAAGUAUGAUCAUAACCGAAAACCUGUUUUGGAUGCCUGUUUUCAGGAUUCAGCUCAUUCUUUUAGUGGAGGAUUAGAUAACACUUUAAAGAUGUUUGAUUUUAAUGCAGGCAAAGAUACAAUUGUUGGGUCUCACAGCAACGCUAUAAAAGUGGUAGAAUGCUCUGCUGAACACAGUUGUAUUUUAUCAGGUGGGUGGGAUGCACAAGUAAAAAUGUGGGAUACAAGAAGUGGUCGUUGCAUAGGCAGUUUUCUUCAACCAGAUAAGGUCUACACUAUCGGAUUGUGUGGGGAAAAAUUUGUCGUAGGAACGGCUGACAGAAAAGUCUAUGUAUGGGAUAUGCGUAACAUGGGUUAUGUGCUUCAGCGUAGGGAAUCUAGUUUGAAAUAUCAGACAAGGUGCAUUCGUUGUUUUCCUAAUAAACAGGGUUAUGUGUUGAGCAGCAUAGAAGGAAGAGUAGCUGUAGAAUAUCUCGAUGCGAGGCCAGAGAUUCAAAGAAAAAAAUAUGCUUUCAAAUGCCAUAGGAUUAAAGAAGGAGGUGUAGAAAAAAUAUAUCCUGUCAACACAAUAACAUUCCACCAAGGUUAUAAUACAUUUGCAACUGGUGGUUCGGAUGGUUAUGUAAAUAUUUGGGAUGGAUUUAACAAGAAAAGAUUGUGCCAGUUCCAUCGAUAUCCUACUUCAAUAACCUCACUUAGUUUCAGCCAAGAUGGAGGAGUUUUGGCUAUUGCUUGCUCGUACAUGUAUCAAGAAACAGAUCCGGACCCAAUACCUGAAAGUAGUGUGUACAUAAGAUAUGUGACAGACCAAGAAACUAAACCAAAAUGAAAUGCUUAUUACAAUGCCAUCAUACAGCAUUUUCAUAUCAAUGUUAUACAUUGUUUAACAAAAGUUUCAACCCUAAAACUAGUACUUUAUACAAGUGUGGUGAGACAAAUAGGGAGAAUAUUUAUUUUUACCUCUAUGUUUUCAAUAAGCUACAAUAUUUUUAAUUAUUAUCUAUAUAAAUCA